AUGUCUGCCAACUGCGAAUUGGAAAUUUUACUUCAAAAGUCUAAUGAACUACUUAGCCGUAAAGAACUUAAUCUUAAAAUUCAUCAUGAGGAAUCUGCUGUGCCACCAAAGAAAAUUAUUACUGAAAAACUUAGUAAACUUUUCCAGACGAAAGCUGAUAAUAUUAUUGUUUACGAUAUAACUAAUUGUCCUGGUACUCAUUCUUCAAUAGGUAAAGUUAAUAUUUACAGUAAUUUGGAUGAUUUAAAAAAGGUUGAAAAGUCUUAUAUGGUUACUAGAAAAACAGGAGAGGCUACUUUACGUAAACCUAGAAGAACUAGAAAGGACGAAAGAAAAAAAGCUUAUAAGAGAUUUGGUACAGUAAAAAGAGCCAUGAAGAAGGCAGAAAGAAAGAAUAAAUAA